AUGUCUCGUUACAUAGACCGUCAACCAGUGCACCCAAACCCCCGGGAGAAAAAAGUCAUUCUUCUGAGUUUUGGACGAAAUGCCACUCUAGGAUUCUACCACGCUCUCAAGACCUUGGGCUACAAGCCCUACCACCAACUCGAAGUCUUCAUUAAUGGGAUACCACACCUACGUAUGAUGGACGAUGCUGUCCGCGCUAGCAGUCAGAACGUGGGCCCGCGCUUCACACGGCAGGACUUUGAUAAGUGGCUCGGCGACUACGACAGCAUUACUGAUAUCCCAGCGUGGCUCCUGCGAGAUCUAGUUGCGGCAUAUCCCGAAGCCAAGUUCAUUCUCACUGAGCGCAGUUCCGAGGCGUGGAGGGCCUCGAUAAAAAAGACUUUCCAGCCGUUUGGAGAGUUUCUCGCAUCACCUGCCAUACGCCUUGUCGGCUUUGUGGACGGAUAUACUUACUACAUGAGCAGGCUUAGCGAAAGUUUCUGCUAUGUACUGUAUGGAGGAUACAUGGGACCCGAUAAGGAAAAGGGGCUGAGAGAGGCUGUCAAAGUAUAUGAGAACCACAACAAAACUGCCAAAGAAAUCAUACCUCCCGAGAAGCUUCUCGUGAUCAGACUCGAAGAUGGUCUGGGCUGGGAGCAGAUCUGUUCCUUCUUGGGACAUGAGGUUCCGGAUGUCCCCUAUCCUAGAGUCAAUGAAGCCGAGCAAUUUCAAAAGAUGGUUAUGAGAGACAUGCUUCUCUCAUGGACAAAAACCAGUCUGAAAAUUGCAAGCGUGAUUGUACCCAUUGUUGGAGCUUCGGUGUGGUUUGCAAGGCAAAGAUAG